AUGAACACGGUUCUUGAUCGUUUUGAGGAGUGUUUUCUGCAGGUUGUUGGCGAGCUCGGAGUGAGCGAGGAACUCCUUAAAAGUCUCACAGGUUCUCUCAAAACUGGUCUUAAACAUAUGCUUGUGACCAUCGGAGACAUCGACGAGCAGCAUCCAAAUCUCGUACGGGCCCUCUUGCGUAUCAUGAUUAGCAUGCUAUCUACCAAUGGCCCGGAGUCUCUUCUCACGAUUCUCCGCACAGUUGGGUUUGGGCCUUCGGGACCAAUGAAGGGUGGAAUUGCUGCGUGGUUGCAAGGGUGGUCGUCUGGCCCCGCCGUGCCAAAUGGCGACUGGUUUGCGAUGCUUCAGCACCUUGCCAUGAUGAGAAGAGCGCAACUGUAG